AUGGCCAAGGAACCCUUCUUCACCGCAGAGGAUACCAAAUCGGCCUUCAACCUCUUCUGUUGUAUCUACGGCGUUGGAACCCUUGGUAUGCCUGGUAACUUCUCGCGAGCGGGCCCAUACCUCGCCGUGAUGGCCAUGGCCUUCAUGGCAUUUGCCAAUAUCUACUCCUCCAUCACCAUGUCCAAGGUUAUGCUGCUCGCCCCCAAGUCCGUCAAGACGUUCGGAGACCUCGGUGAGUGGUCCAUGGGGCAAACCGGUCGCUGGCUUUGUGUCAUCUCGCAGAUGGGUUCGUGCCUCCUCCUUCCUUGCGUCUUCUUAGUUCUCGGGGGCUCACUCCUUGACGGCCUCUUCCCGGAGGCUUUCAGCCAAACUACCUGGAUCAUUUUCAUGGCACUCACGGUACUGCCCGUGUGUUUGGUCCCGACCCUAAAGGAAGGAGCUGCUUCUGCUUUUGCCGGCUGCUUGGGAACGAUCGUCGCCGACGUUAUUGGUGUCGCUGUUUUAAUGAACGGUCUGAGUGGACACCCAAGUAUUCCAUCGCCUGACCUAUCGUUCUCGCAGGUUGCCGGUUGCUUCGGCAAUCUAUCGCUCGCCUACGGUGCCGGUAUUGUGAUUCCCGACAUCCAGCGUGAACACAGUGAUCCCAAGCGCAUGCCUCGUGUUGUGGGUGUCACCGUCGGCAUUAUCUCCAUCUUGUUUCUUGUUUUGGCAAGCACGCCAUACUCAGCCGUAGGAUGCCAGAUAUCUGGCAAUCUGCUUUUCACAAUAUACCCUGACUCCGAGACUGGUCUCACCAAUCUAGGUUUCGCGCCGAAUUGGGGCACCAUCGUGAUGGCCUAUUUGUUCAUGCAGCUCCACAUUACGAUCGCGUUCGCUGUGAUCAUUAAUCCGGCGUUCUACAUUGCGGAGCGUCUGUUUCUUGGCAUGCACAAGAAACAGCAAAGAGACAUCGAGGAAGCCGCCAGCUAUCUACAAAUGGCCACACCCUACCGCGGCGUGAACGCUAUCAAGUACGUCGUGAUGCGCAUUACCAUCGUGGUGCUGCUAGUUGUCAUUUCUAUCGUGCUUAAGGACGACUUCACGGCUUUGGCAGACUUUGUUGGUGCGUCCUGUAUCACAGUGAACUGCAUCUUGUUGCCUAUUAUCUUUUAUCUAAAGGAAUCGUGGGAUCAAGUGGCCAUGUGGGAAAAAAUCUCCGGAAGCAUUGUGGUGGCAAUCUGCUUUGUGUUGGGCUGCUACGUGACCUACACGACUGGCGAGGAGUUGUUUGCUCCAUCGCACGACGAGGUUCAGUUCCCGUACUGCGCGCCGGAAUUCGAGAACACGGUUUACUUCAAUGUUAGCGCUGCGAGCUAG